AGAGAAGAGAAGUGGGUAGUAGUAAUGUGUAUGUUGUGGCUUUGGGCAGUGAGUUAGUCUGAGGAAAAAGAAAGAGGAGAGAAGGGAACAAAAGGUUAUUCCAAAACGCAGCCAGGCAAAGCGUACUCCUUUGUCGUUUUGACAGUGUAG